AUGCAGUACUUCCGGGCAGUGGUGCUGGUAGGCUUGACGGUGCUGUUUCCAACCCUCGUGAAGUGCCUCGGUCACCAGAAGUUUCCACAGACGAAGGACAGUAACCUGACGGCCGGAAACUUUAUCGACUUCUCCCAGUGGUUGGGCAUCGACUACGGCCAGCCGAAACUUCGCCAGCGGUACGAUUACGUGAUUGUUGGAGCCGGGCCCGCCGGCAGUGUCCUGGCGGCCCGACUGACCGAAGAUCCUAAGCGGACGGUGCUCCUGCUCGAGGCGGGCCGCGCCGAGAUUCCGUUUGUGUCCGAUGUGCCCCUAUCCGCACCAUUCCUUCAGUCAACGGACUACAACUUUGCGUACGAAACGGAGGUGCAGGAACGCGGCUGUUUAGGGCUGUGGGAUCGCAAGUGUAGCUGGCCUCAUGGACGAGGUGUCUCUGGUUCAACCAUCAUCAACUACAUGAUCUACACACGGGGCAACCGGCGCGAUUACGAUGCUUGGGCGGCGGCUGGCAAUCCCGGCUGGAGCUGGGACGAAAUGCUCCCAUACCAUAUCCGCACCGAGCGGGCCAACAUACGGGACUUUGACCGUAACGGAUUCCACGGUCACCAGGGGCCCCUCUCGGUCGAGGACUGUCCCUUCAGAUCACGGAUUGCGACAACAUUCGUCGAAAGUGCUCGCCAGGCCGGGUACCGGUACCUGGACUAUAACGCCGGUGACCAGAUCGGUGUGUCGUUCCUGCAGGCCAACACACAGCAAGGCCGACGAGUGACCAGUGGCACCGCUUAUCUUUUGCCAGCUCGGAAGCGACCCAAUUUGCAUAUCAUCACACGGGCCUGGGUGACGAAAGUUUUGUUCGACAAAGUUACCAAAGAGGCCACUGGAGUAGUUUUCAUCCGCGAUCGAGUUACCCGAACGGUGAAGGCACGCAAGGAGGUGAUCCUAUCGGCGGGAGCAUUCGAAAGUGCCAAGCUGCUCAUGCUCUCCGGCAUUGGACCGGCGGAUCAUCUGCAAUCGCACGGUAUCCCGGUGCUGCAGAACCUCCCAGUGGGUGAGAUCCUCUACGAGCAUCCGGGUGUUUUCGGGCCGGUAUAUCUGGUACGCCAACCGAUCGACAAUCUCGUCACGCUGAACGAUAAUCUACGCGUUGGAAACUUCCUGGAGUACUUCCAGGGGCGUGGUGUACUGACCACCAACUCGGUGGAGAGCUUGCUGUACGUAAAGACGCCAGUAGCCGAAAGUCCCGAUCCGGGUUUGCCCGAUGUCGAGGUGAUGCAGGCGUUCUCGUCCAUCGAUUUCGAUACCAGCCCUGGAACGAGGCGUUCCUUUCGACUUACGAACGUCACAUUCGACGGGUACUUCCGGCCGAUCAGGAAUAUUCGAUCGUUCCAGUAUCUACCGAUGCUGAUGAAGCCGCGUACCCGCGGUAAGCUGCGUCUGAAGUCGACGAACCCGUUUCAUCAUCCCCUGUUCCAGUAUCAGUACUUUGAGGACGAUCGAGAUCUCGAUGCACUAGCGUACGGUAUAGAGGAGGCAGUCCGCGUGACCGAGCAGGCCCCUUUCCGGCGGCUCGGUGUCGAACUGUACCGGAAGCAGGUGCCAGGAUGUGAGGAGUUCCCCUUCGGUACGCACCAGUACUGGCGGUGUCACGUGCAGACACUGACGGCGACCUUCCACCAUCAGGUGGCGACCUGCAAGAUGGGACCCCCGUCCGAUCCGGAAGCUGUGGUCGAUCAUGAGUUGCGGGUGUACGGUGUGGGACGGUUGCGUGUCGUCGACAUCGGAGUGGUUCCGAUUGCCCUGACCGCGCACACUGCUGCGAUCGCUUUCGUAAUCGGCGAGAAGGCGGCUGACCUGAUACGGGACGCUGAGCGUCGCGGUACGCACGCCGGAAGGAAGAAGCAACCGGUGGGGGCGGAUCCGUGGUCGGAUCGAUCCCUUCUCUGGACGCCGUUCAUAUUCAAAUGA